UCCGAGGAAGAGGGUCAUUUUUUUGGCAAACAAACCAAGCCCAGAACCUGAUCGUGCUGAACGUCAUAUGCUGACAGCUCUUGGAAUCUACCCUUUGGCUUAGCUUUCAACCCAGAGGUUCAUCUUACCCAGGAAAAGAAUGGCUUAUGUGAAGAUGAGAUGGAUAUAUAUAUCCCUGGUGGUCCUGGGAGCCCUUUGUCUGUACUUUAGCCUGUAUGGUCUGAGUCCUUUUAAAGGCGGACCACUGGUUUUCAAGAACGAAGUUGGGAACUUCCUUCAGCUCCCAGAUAUAGACUGCAGGCAGGAUGCCCCCUUCCUUGUCCUGCUGGUGACUUCAUCCCACGAACAGAUGUUUGCCCGCUCGGUCAUCCGGAACACGUGGGGGAGAGAAAAGAUCGUGGGGGGAAAACGAAUAAAAACAUUCUUCCUCCUGGGAACCACCCCCAGUAAGGACAUGUCGAGAGCAGUGGCCCAGGAGAGCCAGCAAUAUCGCGAUAUUAUCCAGAAGGACUUCAUGGAUGUUUAUUUCAAUCUGACUCUGAAGACCAUGAUGGGUAUGGAGUGGAUCUACCGCUUUUGUCCGCAGGCAUCUUUCGUGAUGAAAACAGACUCUGACAUGUUUGUCAACAUCUACUAUCUGACUGAACUGCUCCUGAAGAAAAAUAGAACAACUCGGUUUUUCACCGGCUUCUUAAAACUAAACGAAUACCCAAUCAGGAAAAGGUACAAUAAGUGGUUUGUUAGUAAAUUCGAAUAUCCGUGGGACAAGUACCCGCCCUUUUGCUCCGGCGUUGGCUAUGUUUUCUCCAGCGAUGUGGCGGGCCAGGUGUACAACGUUGCUGCAAAUGUCCCGUUCAUUAAACUGGAAGAUGUCUUUGUGGGGCUCUGCCUGGAAAAACUGCAAAUCAAACUGGAGGAGCUUCACUCCAAGCAGACUUUCUUCCCCAAUGGGUUACCCUUCACCAUAUGCCGUUACAAGAAGAUCGUGGCCUGCCAUUAUAUCAAGCCUCACAAUAUCCUGGUGUAUUGGCAGGCUCUGGAAAGUUCCCUGGAAGAAGAGUGUCCAGAUAUCUGAAGGGAGCCCAGCGGAACAUCUGGACACACAGCAGACAGCCCACGGUGAUGGUUUUUGAAAGAUCUUGGAUGGCACGGCUGAGACUCCUGGGGUAGGGAGGGAGUAAGGAAGGAAGAGGCAGAAGAGUGAGGGUGAUAUCCUGAAGGCUUCCCAAUCUAAACCUGAAUGCCACCGCUGAUGAAUCCCCAUUUGGUGCCCCAAACCAUAACAAAUACUCUCUCUCAAGUACCUACCCUGUUGCACUAAGUGACAUACGCCUGCAUUUUCUCACGUCGGGUCAGCAUCCAUAUGGAGUGGUGGAUGUUAGCACCCCAUCUCACACACAAGGAAACAACAGCUUAGAGAAGCACGCGGGCCUGUCCCAAGGAUUACAGCCAGCAGACACUGGAGCAGGGAUGAGAGCCCACCUCUCAGCCCACCACCUCAGUCCACCCCUGCGUGCUGCCUCUUGGGAGAGGACGGUAGUGAGGGAGGCUCAGAGGGAAGCCUUGCUGCUGCCAUCUGUCAGUCCCUUGCUCGAGUCCCCUCCUCCUCAGGUCCCAUUCCUGUGCUUUUUAGUGCAGAGACUGGGGUGAACCAAUGCGCCCCCACCUCCCUUUGUUCACUGCAGUGGGUCUGGCUGGCCUGAGACCGUGUUA